AUGUUCAAACUGUUUGUAUUCGCUUGCUUCAUGGCUCUCGCCGCAGCCAAACCAUCAGUGGUGCCAUUAGCGUAUACCGCUCCAGUGGCCGCAGCGUACACAGCGCCCAGUGUCCAUGGGCGGCGAUAUCACUUAACAUCAGCUUCCCCUGUCGUAGCAAGCUCACCUUACGUAGCCUCCCCAUAUGUGGCGUCUCCCUAUGUAGCAUCCCCCUAUGUAGCAUCCCCUUAUGCAUCUGCCCCCUAUGUCGCCGCCCCCGCAGUAUAUGCCGUUUAAAUUGCCAGUGACCAAA